GCCUUGCCCUUUAGGUUGGAAUAAAAGUGAUGAGCUGAUUGUUCAGAGGGGAGGGCUGUACACGCACAGGAGAUGGGAGCAAACAGCAGCAGCACCGCUGAGCUCGCCAACAAUGACUACCUUAAGCAUCUGGCCGGCACUGAGUCCAUCUCCGAGAACGAUCCCUUCUGGAAUCAGCUAUUAUCGUUUUCUUUCACAGCACCGACCAACAGCACUGACACACAGCUCUUGGAAGAGGCAACAAUUUCCAUCUCCAAAUCACUAAUUGAGAACAACCCACGAACGGGGAACUUGCAAGCUCUGGUUAAGGUUUUCCUCAGCAGAACUAACGAGCUAAAGAUCUCAGCUGAAUGUCAAGACCAGUUGUUUAUCUGGCAGGCCCACAAUGCCUUGUUUAUCAUCCGAUGUCUACUCAAAGUCUUCAUCAGCCAGAUGUCGGAGGAAGAGCUGCAGCUCAACUUCACUUAUCAAGAGAGGGCGCCAGCCGCUUAUGGGGCUGAAGCGGAAGAUCUCCUGGAGGAUGUGAUGUGCACUCUUGUGCACCUCAUCAUUGAACUGCCCUUACUAGAUAUCACCUACAGCAUUUUACUGGAAUCUGUGACGACGCUUCUCGUACUUCUGUCCUACCAACUGUUCCAGAAGGAAAUAGCACGAGAAAGUUUCAUAUACAAGUGUUUGAUGCAAGGCCGAUGCCUUGAGUACACCAGCCGGGUGGUGAAGACGUUAUUGUACAACUUCAUAAGGCAGGAGAAAUGUCCACCCUCAGGGAGCCGGGUAUUUGAGCAGAGCUCUGAGGGAGGUGGCUUACUGUACGGCUUAGCAUCUGGUGUGGCCUCUGGUCUGUGGACAGUGCUAACCUUAGGAGGCGUUGGGAGUAAGCCAGCCCAGCAGGAGGAACCCUCGUCACCACUGGCUAAUCAGAGCCUUCUUCUGCUGCUUGUUCUAGUUAACCUGAGCGAUGUACCAGACAGCCCCAAUCCAUACAGACAGUCGAUAAUGUCCUUCAAGAACACACAAGACAGCACGGCUCUGCAGUCGCCAAACCCGUUCACCUUCCAGAUAAAUUUCAACAGCUUGUACACAGCCCUGUACCAACAGCAGAACUCCGACCAGGCCACUCUCCUGCUGUACACCUUAUUGCACCAGAACCCAAAUGUCAGGACCUACAUGCUGGCACGGACCGACGUGGAGAACCUGGUUGUUCCAAUCCUUGAGAUCUUGUAUCAUGUCGAGGAGAGAAACUCACAUCACGUUUACAUGGCGCUCAUCAUUCUGCUGAUCCUGACAGAGGACGACGCAUUUAACCGCUCUGUCCACGAAGUGACGCUAAAAAACAUCACCUGGUACACUGAGCGGGUUCUGACAGAAAUCUCCCUGGGAAGCCUCCUUGUUCUUGUGGUGAUAAGGACUGUACAGUACAACAUGACGAGAACUAGGGACAAGUACCUGCACACAAACUGCUUGGCCGCAUUAGCCAAUAUGUCCGCCCAGUUUCGUUCACUUCACCAGUAUGCAGCUCAGAGAAUUAUCAGCCUGUUUGCCUUGCUGUCCAAGAAGCACAACAAAGUACUGGAGCAGGCCACCCAGUCACUGAGCAACCCCAUAGGAGCUGAGGACAACUCUCCAUUACCCGAUUACGCUCAGGAUUUGAACGUGAUCGAGGAGGUGAUCCGAAUGAUGCUGGAGAUCAUCAACUCUUGCCUGGCCAAUUCCCUCCACCACAACCCAAACCUGGUCUACGCACUGCUCUACAAGCGGGACCUCUUUGAGCAGUUCCGCACCCACCCGUCCUUCCAGGAUGUCAUGCAGAACCUUGACACGGUGAUCAGCUAUUUCAGCUCUCGGCUGGAGCAGGCAGGAGCUGACCUGUCUGUGGAGCGGGUCCUGGAAGUUAUCAAACAAGGAGUUGUAGCAUUACCCAAAGACAGGCUGAAGAAAUUCCCAGAACUGAAGUUCAAGUACGUGGAGGAGGAGCAGCCAGAGGAUUUUUUCGUGCCGUACAUUUGGUCGCUGGCUUAUAACUCCGCAGUCGGCCUGUACUGGAACCCGCAGGAAAUCCAACUCUUCACGAUGGACUCUGGCUAAACACCAGCGGCCUUGAGCGGUGUGGGGCGAGGGGGGAGGGGAGGGGGGAGGGAGGACUCUGGGGAAGGGGGAGCUGAGAAGCUAAUAUGAUGUGGAGUUGGAGAUAAUGGAAUAACGCGUACCUGAGUUUUGCAUGUUCGGUACUUGACUGACAAUCUCUUUCAUGAGGCCGAGGGCAGAAAUGUACAUAACAUAAAACAGCAGUGAUCAAUUACAUACCAAAGCACAGCUUCAGUUACCUACAGAGACAGUCUACACAGACGUAACUCGCCCUGAAUAUUCAGAGUCUGUCCUAAGCCAAGCUGACAAUGAUAGACUCUUAAAUACAUGGGAGGGUAAAUUAACAUGGGGGGAGGGGGUGGAAGAGAGAGAGGGAGAGAGAAAGGAAUGCUUAACACAAAUCAGAUCUAAACGUCAAGGAAAGUUGAAAAGAUAUUCUAAAUCGCAGUCUAACCUUUGCUGAAGUUUAUCCACAAAUCUUGUUGGCUGCUGUGUUGAACGAAAAUGUUCAGAACACAUUGCAUUUCUAUAUGUCGAGGCACAAUAAGUCAGGAGGCAGUUAUCCCCUCUGGGGACUGUCUAUGGGUGAGAACUAGAGAGAGGGAAAAAAGAUCCUAAUUUUUUUUAAUAUAUAAAUACAUAAAAAAGCAUUCAGAUGAGAAUAGGUGAAUUUUGGUGGGAGUAAAUAACACGACAGGUGGGUGGGUGGGUGGUUGUCAGACAGGGACUGUUUGUCUCCUGGGUAUUUUGAUCAUUUUUUUUUGUCCGUCCAAUUUUCAAUAAUUGUCUCUCCUUUUUUUAUGUUUGGGAAUGUAUUUAUUGCACAAUCAACGAUGUCCGAAAUUGGUACUUCACACAGCGAUAUAUAUUAUAUAUACAUACGUCUCUAUCUAAUCCUAGUCAGAUUUUAGAAAUCUAGUCUUUGAGGAAUUUAUACUUCGUUAAAGAAAAACCUUGAAAAAAUAAAGUGGAAAAACUCAUCUAAUAUUUAAGAAAAAGUUACAAAAGGUUUGGCAAACUUGUUGUGUUGACUCGCUCGUGAUAUUGAAGAGUUGAUAUCAUCCGGCCUUGCAAACCAACACUAAACUGCUGCACUGAAAAGUUUCUAACCACAAUAAAAGGCUAUGUUUAAUCCUC